CGCCAGAGAGGGCGCCCGGAACGAGACGAGGAUCCAUACACGCGCUUGGAGAAGCACGUGCGAAGAACCACCAUGAGAGUCGCGCUUCUUCUCACGGUGCUGCUUGUUGCCAUCGGCGUUGUGAUGGCUGGCUACCGUAGAGGCUACGGCGGAUACGGAGGCUAUGGCGGAGGAAGAUACGGAGGCUACGGCGGAGGAGGAUACGGAGGAUACGGAGGUGGAUAUGGAGGCGGUUACCGAGGGUACUAUCGACCCGGCUACGGUGGCUACGGCGGAUACGGUGGCUAUGGUUAUGGCCGCGGCCAUCGUCACUCCCAUCAUCAUCCUCAUCACCACCCUCAUCAUCAUCAUCACCACCACAGACCGCAUGGUUACGGCGGAUACGGUGGUGGCUAUGGUGGUGGCUACGGCGGUGGCUACGGCGGUGGCUACGGCGGUGGUUACGGUGGUGGUGGCUACGGUGGAUAUGGUGGUUACGGAUACGGGCGUUGACAAGAACUGCUUUUGUUGUGUAGAAAUGCUCGAUGUUAUCGUUGUAUAAAUUAUGGUUUGGCGGCAAAUCGUUUAUACUCCAGUGGACUGCGUAAUGCUGCAAUCGCAGUAAUUUUUCGUCUAGUGGCUGCGGAGGAAAGGCUGGUUACAGGGAUGGAUAACCACCAUCUCUCCUAUGACUUCAGCGUCCGCUCGCGAGCUUAGUAAGGUAACCACGGACCGGCUGCGGCUACGGUAACGCGUCUAAUCAGUAUCGCCGCCACACGUAGACGCUGCGAAAUUGGAGACUUGAUGCAUCAAGGUUAUGAAUGGCAUAGUGGACGUGAAAUUUUCUACAGUUACAGUAGUUAACAUACGUACCUUUGCUUGGGGUGCGAUCAUAGUUAUAUUAGCAGUGGCUUAUGACUUGCCUGACCGCUUUGCAAGGGAACGUUACAGUACCACUUGCGAUGCACAAUGAAGUUGUUUCUAGUUGUCUACUGCCUAUAAGGGCUUGUUUAUUUUAUUACUGACAAGCAGUUUAUAUGACUGUUCGUGGCCUUUUGCCACACAGAAGGUUGGAAGAAAUGGUGAUGUUU